UGGACACCGGUCCCGCGCGUCAUACGCAGUCGAAACGAAGAAGUCCCACGGUCGCCAGAGCAAAAAAAAACAGCGGCAUCACUGCAGCAGAUCCGGCGUCGUCGCAGAACGCUGUGCUGAGCAGCAUCGCGCGGGCGCAAGGCAGGCACCCCCACCCUCGCAAGUCACGCACACAGGAGGAGAGGAGAGGAGACGAGACGAGGGGCGAGGGAGAAGAGAAGAUACUUGUUUCUCCCAGGACCUCGCUCACGGCUCACCAUUUCACCAACUCCCGGAAUCCGCCAACUCCCGCCGCCACCGCCGCGGGCGCAUCAUUCCUUGCCAGCGGCCCACGCAAAUCCCAGGACAAAUCCCAAACCCCGCGCCGAUGGCUACCAGCCCCCUGCAGCGCGACCCCAGCAGCCGCCCGCCGCGCCGCUCUUAUACGCCGCCCGCCCGGCAACUGCUCGUUGCUUAAUCCGUCCGUCGCGUGCUGCUGCCGCGGGCUGUUGAUUCGAGUGUGCGUUUUUGGGAGGGAGCGGGGCGUCAGCGCAGUUGGACUGGGGGGAGGCGAGGCGAGGGGGGGCAGUGCGGCCGUGGCGGCGCGGCGGGGGAAGGGAAGGGAAGGAGGGGCGGUGGCGGUCGAGUGGAGAUGCUGGGGUCCGGGCUGAAUCUGGUGACCACGGUGAUCGGCUUCGGGAUGAGCGCCACCUUCAUCGUCUUCGUCUGCGCGCGCCUCAUCUGCGGCCGCGCCGCGCGGGCCGACGCCGACGCCGCCGACGCCGCCGCGGUCGCCGCGGCGCGGGCGCUGGCGCAGCCACCCGUGCCGUUCGACUUCGACGUCGAGUUCCGCAACGUCGCGGAUCUCGACCGCACGAUUGAACGCUCCCGCUGUGGGUUGGACCCUUUUGCUGUUGCUGCAAUUCCUACAAUGAAUUAUAGUUCCGAGGCCUUCCAUUCAAAAGAUGAUGCUCAGUGCUCCAUAUGUUUAGGUGAAUACAAUGAUAAAGAGAUACUGCGCAUAAUGCCUACAUGCCGACAUAACUUCCAUCUGGAAUGUAUAGAUGUAUGGUUACAGAAACAAACUACUUGCCCAAUAUGUCGGAUCUCAUUGAAGGACCAACCCGGUGCAAAAUCUACAACAUCCCCUCUCCGUACCCUCCCUCAAUUAUUGGGACAUGCCGAGAGCUCUGUUAAUAGAUCGCCUCAUUGGAUACUUCCAAUUCAUCGUGAUCGUGCUGGAGGUAGACAAAACAGUCCAACCUCGCAGGAAUCAUUAGAGGUGAUAAUUGAAAUCCAGCCACAAAGACAAUGAGGGAUACAAGGUUGGAAUUGGUGAAGCUAUACUCUUCCUGCCGGGCGUCAAAAGGAUCUGCCAUUGCAGAAACCAUGCUUGGGCUGUUCGUCCUGCAGCACAGUAGUUGGGUACAUGAUGGGCCUGGUGUCUAGGAAUUCUUUGUACAUUUGGGGCUGUAGAUUAGCGGAUGCAUUUCACAAUUUGGGUACCUGACUUUGGGUUUUCUUUUUGACGUGUUGUCAUUGUAUUCUGUAAAGAAAUGAUAAACUGUUCAGAUUUGGAGCUGCGAAAAUAUUUGCAGUGGCUCCGCCCGCCAAUAAAUUGCCAGUGCUCAAGGGAGCAUUUUGGCUCCUGAACCUGUGGAAACUGCUGCAUCUCCUAGACGGCUAGGUGGGUGGUUCUGUGAGGGCUAUCACCUUGUCACUAAGCACUGCAAAUAUUUGUUCUGGUUUGGGAAUGGAACGGUUUAUAGUAGUAGUUUAA